UCGAUGCAUUUUCCAUCUCCAUCUUCUCUUUCCUUCGGGUGUUCUUCCAGGCGAGAGUGGUGAACGCAGGUAAUCUUCAGAUGAGUGUUCUUCACUGCUGAAGAGUGCGGACCCGAUCAAGGGAGUGAACCAGUCGACUUGGCAAGGAUCUCAGGCCUGCAACGAUGGCGGGAUUUGAGAAUCUGACGAAUGAAACGGCGGACUUGGAACACAUCCCGGUGGAGGAAGUGUUCGUUCAGCUGAAAUGCACGAGGGAAGGUCUGAGCACCAAGGAAGGAGACGCUCGCAUUCUAGUUUUUGGAUACAACAAACUAGAGGAGAAAAAGGAGAGCAAAAUUCUCAAAUUCCUGGGUUUCAUGUGGAACCCGCUCUCAUGGGUCAUGGAAGCUGCUGCGAUUAUGGCCAUCGCCCUGGCUAACGGAGGAGGUCAGCCACCGGACUGGCAAGAUUUUAUCGGCAUUCUCACGCUGCUAGUGAUCAAUUCCACGAUCAGUUUUAUCGAAGAGAACAACGCAGGAAACGCAGCAGCUUCUCUCAUGGCUCGCCUCGCGCCCAAAACAAAGGUGCUGCGAGAUGGAAAAUGGGCUGAGCAGGAAGCAGUCAUUCUCGUUCCCGGUGACAUCAUCAGCAUCAAGUUGGGCGACAUCGUCCCUGCUGACGCCCGCCUCCUCGAAGGAGAUCCUUUAAAAAUUGACCAGUCUGCUCUCACCGGUGAGUCCCUCCCCGUCACCAAGAAGCCAGGAGAUGAAGUCUACUCAGGUUCCACCUGCAAGCAAGGAGAGCUCGAGGCUGUGGUCAUUGCCACCGGAGUUCACAGUUUCUUCGGAAAAGCUGCUCAUCUUGUCGACAGCACACAUCAAGUCGGACAUUUCCAGAAGGUGCUCACCUCCAUCGGAAACUUCUGCAUCGUCUCAAUCGCCACGGGUCUUAUAGUGGAGAUCAUAGUCAUGUAUGCGGUUCAGAAGAGGAAGUACCGCGAGGGAAUCGAUAACUUGCUCGUGCUGCUCAUCGGUGGUAUUCCAAUUGCCAUGCCCACCGUGUUGUCUGUCACCAUGGCCAUCGGGUCUCAUCGCCUAUCCCAGCAGGGUGCUAUCACGAAGCGAAUGACAGCCAUUGAGGAGCUCGCAGGCAUGGAUGUCCUUUGCAGUGACAAGACUGGGACUCUGACUUUGAACAAAUUGAGUGUCGAUAAAAACAUCAUCGAGGUCUUUGCGAAGGGUAUCGACAGAGACUUCGUUGUCUUGUCAGCGGCACGAGCGGCUAGGACUGAAAACCAAGACGCAAUCGAUGCCGCCAUAGUUGGAAUGCUUGCUGAUCCAAAAGAGGCUCGUGCUGGUAUCCGAGAGGUUCACUUCCUCCCCUUCAAUCCUGUGGACAAGCGCACAGCCAUCACAUUCGUCGACGAAGCGGGAAAAUGGCACAGAGCAACCAAAGGAGCUCCAGAAGAGAUUCUGCAUUUGGCCAAAAACAAGGACCAGAUUGAAGCCAGAGUGCAUCAAGUGAUCGACAAGUUCGCUGAACGUGGACUGCGAUCUCUCGCCGUUGCAAGACAGGAAGUGCCAGAAAAGUCCAAGGACAGUCCUGGCGGUCCCUGGGAGUUCCUCGGCCUCUUGGCUCUCUUCGACCCACCUCGUCAUGACAGUGCAGAGACCAUCCGGAAGGCUCUGGAAUUGGGAGUCAAUGUGAAGAUGAUCACAGGUGAUCAACUCGCCAUUGCCAAGGAGACCGGACGUCGUUUAGGAAUGGGAACGAACAUGUACCCCUCUGCAGCGCUGCUCGGAAAGCACAAGGAUGAAUCGAUUGCAGGACUGCCCAUUGACGAACUUAUCGAAAAUGCCGAUGGUUUCGCAGGAGUGUUUCCAGAGCACAAAUACGAGAUCGUGAAAAUCUUGCAAGAGAAGAAGCACAUCUGCGGAAUGACUGGGGAUGGUGUGAACGAUGCGCCUGCUCUGAAGAAAGCUGACAUCGGUAUCGCAGUUUCUGAUGCUACGGACGCAGCCCGCGGUGCGUCGGAUAUCGUUCUGACAGAACCAGGUCUCAGUGUUAUCAUCCAUGCCGUUCUCACCAGUCGAGCAAUCUUCCAGAGGAUGAAGAAUUAUACGAUAUAUGCUGUCUCCAUCACCAUCCGUAUUGUGCUUGGAUUUCUGCUGCUCACUUUGAUUUGGAAGUUCGACUUCUCUCCGUUCAUGGUCUUGAUCAUUGCCAUAUUGAACGACGGUACCAUCAUGACUAUCUCCAAGGAUCGAGUGAAACCAUCUCCUCUUCCUGAUAGCUGGAAACUGAAGGAGAUUUUUGCCCAAGGUGUCGUCAUCGGCAUAUACCUUGCAAUGAUGACUGUGCUCUUCUUCUGGGCUGCCAAUGAUACCCACUUCUUUGAGAACGCGUUCGGUGUGCACUCGCUGCAUAAAAACCAUGCCGAGCUCACGGCAGCAAUAUAUCUGCAAGUCAGCAUCAUCAGUCAAGCUUUGAUCUUUGUCACUCGAUCUGUGGGCUGGUGCUUCACGGAACGACCGGGAUCCCUUCUAAUGUGUGCCUUUGUCGCAGCACAACUCGUUGCCACGUUGUUAUCCGUGUAUGCAAACUGGACAUUUGCUCACAUCAAGGGUAUCGGCUGGAAAUGGGCUGGUGUAAUCUGGCUGUACUCCAUCAUCAGCUUCAUACCCCUGGACCCCAUCAAGUUUGCCAUCCGCUACAUAUUGAGCGGAAAAGCAUGGAAUUUGAUGUUGGAACGCCGGACUGCAUUCACCAGCAAGAAGGACUUCGGAAAGGAUGAUCGACAGGCCCAAUGGGCACAUCAACAGCGAACACUCCACGGGCUCACGACAGUAGACGCCAAGAAAGAAAUCGAGGACGUGCCUGAGUUGGCGUUGGAGGCCAAACGAAGAGCAGAGAUGGCCAGGUUGAGAGAGCUGUACACGUUGACAGGACAUGUGGAAUCUGUCGUGCGAAUGAAAGGAAUAGACACGAACGCCAUUCAGCAGUCAUACACAUUAUGAUACUUUGUACAGACACCAGCCCAAGCCACAAACGAAUACACCAAAUCUGAACCAUCUUCAUCGACAUGCGCUGGUCGUCGGGCCCUCGAUGAGUCCACUGAAGGGGCUGGAGAGAACACUCGGUUCUCAAAACACGGAACUUCUGUGCACCCUCCCUUCGAGGAUUUUUAGAUGGACGACCAGGUCUUGCUCCAUACUCACAGAGACACUCCGUCUUCUUCCAUGAGUAUGCUAGCAAGAUCGUACCGAGUUGGAAGCUUAGGAGGAAACUGUCACAAUCUAGUGGAGAUUCAAUUCGGCGAAGCUGCAGUAGAUUGAGCAAAUAAUAAACAGAGCCAGUAGUUGGCUGAAAUUAACGCCAGAAAAGGAUAUCUAGGAAUGACUGGUACCAUUAAGGUAUCCGCUCCUCGAUAUCAUUCACCUAAAACAGGGGAAUGAUUUCGUUCCUGUUUGUCUGUGUGAUUUGAAUAAACCU